AUGCACCAAUUCGCUAUUUUGACGGCUAUCGUGUCGGCCGCUUACGCGCUAUCUUGCUCACAACCAGUUGGUCCGUGUUUGACGACGAAUCUAAAUGAGAUUGAGCUCGCGUUAUGCCCUGAAGGAAUGGCGUGUGUUGGCGGCAAUUUGUGCUGCAAAUAUGCAGAUGUGAUCGGAAAACUUGACGAAUGCAAGGAUCUCGUGAAUCCGAUUCAAGGCUCUCUGACAUGCGCCGACAAGGCUCACUUGUGCAAUGAAGCGGCUCAUAAGGAGCAGAUGCGAACCGAAUGCCCGAAAACAUGCAAUUAUUGCUAA